AUGAGCCCUCAGCGCUAUGCUGCUGUGAAUCAACAAGACGACCACGACGACAAUGAGACCUACAAUUCACCGACAAGCCCUUCAUCGAAUCAACAGCAUGCAGUCCCAUCCUCGCCGCCUCCCUCGUUCCAUUCCCGUGCCUCCUCUCCUUCAUCGAGGCGCCUUCUGCGCCAGGACCCCCUCAACAAUGCGGCAGAUCAUGAAUUAGCCGAUGCCUUCGGAGACGAUGGCGCUUCAGACGAUGAGAACGAGCCAGACGAUCGACAGCGUCUGAUGCGGGCCGACACAUCGAGAUCUAUUUCGCUGGCCGAUACUGGUAGCGCUGCUCAAGCGCCCACUGCCACCACCGACGCUCCUAGGAUCGAGCGACGUGUGACCGAGAUUCCAGCAUUUCGACUUCCUACAUCCUCUCGAGUAAUACCGGGCGUGACAGCCCCUCGAUCGUCAGAUGGUGUCUUCGCAAACAUGUCGGCGAAACCUGCAGCAGGCGAGACACUGGACGAUAAGCCUCCCUCAUAUGAAGCGGCCGCUUCCGAUAGUGCCCCUCCUUAUUGGGAGACUACCAUCCUAGCACCAGGCAUGAACAGUGACGAAAUAUAUGUUAAUGGCCUUCCUGUUGGCAGCGUCUUCUCAUUCAUAUGGAACGGCAUGAUUAGCAUGUCUUUUCUGUUCCCUGGUUUCCUACUUACUUACCUACUCCACACAACCCACGCUGCGAAGAACGGUUCGCUUGCUGGUCUGGGAUUGACGCUUGUACAAUACGGCUUCUACAUGAGAACAGGCAAGGAUGCGGCCAACCCCGAUGCGGCCAAUCCUGGACAAUUCAGUGGAGGCGUAUCAGAUCCUAACUCUCACGACUUCGACCCGAACAAUCCUACAGGUAAUGGAGGUGAUGUCAGUGGCGGGUCUGGCGGGUUCGGCAGCGCAGACUUCAUCUCCUAUGCUCUUAUGAUAUGUGGGUGGUUCCUGCUGAUCAGGGCGGUAUCUGGUUUCUUGAGGGCAAGGAGAGAAGAACAGCUUGUCCUGCAAAGUCCAGCUAGAGGGUUGAGCCAGCCAGUGGUUGCAGAGGGGGAAGGAGAGCGGGCUGUGUAA